CCGAGUCCCCUCCAUUGCAGAUCGUGGCAAGGUGAUCGGUGGUUUACCUGACGUGGUGACCAUAAUGGAAGGCAAGACCUUGAACCUGACCUGCACGGUGUUCGGAAACCCCGACCCCGAGGUGGUGUGGUUCAAGAACGACAAGGACAUCGAGCUCAACGAGCACUUCACGGUGAAGGUGGAGCAGGCCAAGUACGUCAGCAUGAGCAUCAAGGGCGUGACCUCCGAGGACUCGGGCAAGUACAGCAUCAACGUCAAGAACAAGUACGGGGGCGAGAAGAUCGACGUCACGGUCAGCGUGUACCAGCACGGGGAGAUGAUCCCAGAGGUGCAGCCGCCCCAGCAGGCCACGCCCAAGCUCAUCCCCGCCUCCGCCUCCGGCCCGGCCCAGUGAGGCCGCGCCUGCAGUCGGGGUGCCGUGUGCCGUGCCCAAUGCGUGUCGCCAGCUGAGUGUCCCCACGCGUGGCCCGAGAGCGAGCCCGCGCUCCGCGUGUUUAGCUUCGGCAUUUGUUCAGUAUAGUCUAGGGCCCUCGAGGCGGGAAGCCAAGGGCUCUGUGCGGCGUCCCGUCCACGCCCAGGUGGACUCCCAGUGCCGACAAGACCCAGCAGCCCCGGCUCCUGGCUGGAGCCCUUUAUGCUGUGCUACCGGCCACUGUGUUUUCUCUUGCUUCCAACUAAUAAAA